AUGUUGAGGCGGUUACCAUCCAAGUUGACGAUCGAGAGCUUGCUGGAGAUCUUAAACCAGUUCUGGCCAAGCCACUACAACUUCGUCUACGUACCCCAUGACAAGUCACGGGCACGGAAUGUGGCCUUAGCUUUCAUCAAUUUCACGGACGGCGAAACGGCGAGGAUGGCGUAUGACUACUUUCAGGGGCGCAGCAAUCCCAUGGACGUCCGGCUGGGGAGUCACAUUCGUGUUUCCCAGGCAGAUGUUCAGGGUCUCAGUCUCAAUCUGGCGUACUUCAUCGCUAGGAGUGGCUUUGCCGACAUGGAGAAUCCCCAUGCUCCUCGAGUCUUCGAGAAUGGUUGGCGGGUCAGCCUGGUGGAGACGGCGACGAGGCAUGUGACGAUGGAACUGAUGGCACAGGCAAGUCGGCACAUGAAAGCCGUCGAAGAUGCCCGGGCCAGACAAGCUCCAGCAGCCAGAGCGAGAAGGGAGCCUCCCAAGAGCUGUGGUCACCAGCACGACCAUGCGAUGCCCGAUGUUUCGCCACAUGUCUAUGUGCGAGAGGCUCCUGAGAUGCGGGGUUCGCAUAGAGCCGGAAGGGAUGACAGCGGAUCCUCGGGGCAACAAGGAGCUUCCGAAAGCGCUGGCACCGAUCCCGGCGCCGGCAGCCCUUCCGACAGUCUUUCGACGACGUUCCGGCAGGGAGCCUUCCGCUCGGAAGGUCUUGAGGAGCUCUUUGAGGCGGGCUUAGCAGAGCAGCAACCAGACGGGUCCGUCCACUUUUCUCUGUAG